AUGGACGAGCGGCGUUCACCCGGUAAGGACGACGACUUCCGCCUGGGCAAGUUCGCGCUUCUUGACCAGACCAGGUACGACCUGUCCCCUGAGGUGACAAUCCUAGGUUGCACAUUGUACUCUCAAGUCCUCCCCUCCCAGGAGGACCGAGUGAGUUUUGGCCUCAACGACUUCUACCACAUUGACGACUGGACCAUCGAAGCCUGCUGCGCCGCGCACAAGGCAGACUUGGAGUGGCUCAACGCCCAAGUGACCGAGAUGUCUAGCCGCGAACCUGGUCGCAAAAUCGUGAUCUUCACCCACCACAGUCCCAGCACGGCCGACGGCACCUUCGACCCUGCGCACACGGGCAGCCCCGUCUCUUCUGGCUUCUCGACCGACCUGUCCAAGGAAGAGUGCUGGGUGAACCCGAGUGUCAAGUUCUGGGCGUUUGGACACACGCACUACAACUGCGACUUCGAGGACGCUGCGACUAAGAAGAGACUGGUGAGCAACCAACGCGGCUACUACUUCUCCCAGGCGAAUGUCUUCGAUCCGGACAGGGUCUACGAGUUGAAAUAG